UCAGCCUGUGGAUGUAUGCCUAGCACACCGGCAGAGGGGAACAAGAAGCGUCUCCCAGCUGAUUCUUCUUUUGGGGUUGGGGUGGGGGGCGCAGUGGAUUAUAACUCUUGUUUUCUUCUUUCCCAAACUGUGCACCCCCUGGAUGAAAGUUGAUCUGCAAGUGGUCUGGGAUUGAAUACUUAUAGCUUGAUUAUCUUAAAGAACCUGAAGACACAGGGGACUGCUGACGUUGAGGAUUCUGCUCCAUAGAGAAUGCUCUGACCCCGUUGAUGUGUUGAUGCUCCAGUUCCAGCACCAUCUUCUGAGAUGAUCCUGAUUACCAGAAUGCCUUUGGUGCUGCUUUUGUUGCUGCCUCUCUGGAGUUCCACGAAAGCUCAGGUUAAUCCAGCUGUGUGCCGCUAUCCUCUGGGCAUGUCAGGAGGCCACAUUCCAGAUGAGGACAUCACAGCUUCCAGUCAGUGGUCAGAGUCCACAGCUGCCAAAUAUGGAAGGCUGGACUCAGAAGAAGGAGAUGGAGCCUGGUGCCCUGAGAUUCCAGUGGAACCUGAUGACCUGAAAGAAUUUCUGCAGAUUGAUUUGCACACACUACACUUUAUCACUCUUGUGGGGACCCAGGGACGCCAUGCUGGGGGCCAUGGCAUUGAGUUUGCACCAAUGUACAAGAUCAACUAUAGUCGGGAUGGCACUCGUUGGAUUUCUUGGCGGAAUCGGCAUGGGAAACAGGUGCUGGAUGGAAAUAGUAACCCCUAUGACAUUUUCCUAAAGGACCUGGAGCCGCCCAUUGUGGCUAGAUUUGUUCGCUUCAUUCCAGUCACAGACCACUCCAUGAAUGUGUGCAUGAGAGUGGAGCUUUAUGGCUGUGUUUGGCUAGAUGGCUUAGUGUCUUACAACGCUCCAGCCGGGCAGCAGUUUGUACUCCCUGGAGGAUCCAUCAUUUAUCUGAAUGAUUCUGUGUAUGAUGGAGCAGUUGGGUACAGCAUGACUGAAGGGCUGGGCCAAUUAACAGAUGGGGUGUCUGGCCUGGAUGAUUUUACCCAGACCCAUGAAUACCAUGUGUGGCCGGGCUAUGACUACGUGGGCUGGCGGAACGAGAGUGCCACUAAUGGCUACAUUGAGAUCAUGUUUGAAUUUGACCGCAUCAGGAACUUUACUACCAUGAAGGUCCAUUGUAAUAAUAUGUUUGCUAAGGGUGUGAAGAUCUUUAAGGAGGUCCAGUGCUACUUCCGCUCUGAAGCCAAUGAAUGGGAGCCUAAUGCAGUCUCCUUCCCUCUUGUCCUGGAUGACGUCAACCCCAGUGCUCGGUUUGUCACCGUGCCUCUCCACCACCGAAUGGCCAGUGCCAUCAAAUGUCAAUACCACUUUGCUGACACCUGGAUGAUGUUCAGUGAGAUCACCUUCCAAUCAGAUGCAGCCAUGUAUAACAACUCUGGAGCUCUGCCCACCUCCCCCAUGGCACCCACAACCUAUGAUCCAAUGCUUAAAGUUGAUGACAGCAAUACUAGGAUCUUGAUUGGCUGCUUGGUGGCUAUCAUCUUCAUCCUCCUGGCUAUCAUUGUCAUCAUCCUCUGGAGACAAUUUUGGCAGAAAAUGCUAGAGAAGGCUUCCCGCAGGAUGUUGGAUGAUGAAAUGACAGUCAGCCUUUCCCUACCAAGCGAGUCCAGUAUGUUCAACAAUAACCGCUCCUCAUCACCAAGUGAACAGGAGUCCAACUCAACUUAUGAUCGCAUCUUUCCCCUUCGCCCUGACUACCAGGAGCCAUCCAGGCUGAUAAGGAAGCUCCCAGAAUUUGCGCCAGGGGAGGACGAUCCAGGCUGCAGUGGUAUUGUGAAGCCAGUUCAGCCCAGCGGAUCUGAUGGAGUGCCUCACUAUGCAGAGGCUGAUAUAGUGAAUCUCCAGGGAGUCACAGGAGGUAAUACCUACUCAGUGCCUGCUGUCACCAUGGAUCUUCUCUCGGGAAAAGAUGUGGCCGUGGAAGAGUUCCCCCGGAAGCUUUUGACGUUCAAGGAGAAGCUGGGAGAAGGCCAGUUUGGGGAGGUUCAUCUCUGUGAAGUGGAGGGAAUGGAAAAAUUCAAAGACAAAGAGUUUGCCCUAGAUGUCAGUGCCAACCAGCCUGUCCUGGUGGCUGUGAAAAUGCUCCGAGCAGAUGCCAACAAGAAUGCCAGGAAUGAUUUUCUUAAGGAGAUAAAAAUCAUGUCCCGGCUCAAGGACCCAAACAUCAUCCGUCUCUUAGCCGUGUGCAUCACCGAUGACCCUCUCUGCAUGAUCACAGAGUACAUGGAAAAUGGAGACCUCAAUCAGUUUCUUUCCCGCCAUGAGCCUUCCACCUCUUGCUCUAGCAAUGUGGCCACUGUCAGCUAUGCUAACCUGAAGUUUAUGGCUACCCAGAUUGCCUCUGGCAUGAAGUACCUUUCUUCUCUUAAUUUCGUCCAUCGAGAUCUGGCCACACGAAACUGCCUCGUGGGUAAGAACUACACCAUCAAGAUAGCUGAUUUUGGAAUGAGCAGAAACCUCUAUAGUGGUGACUAUUACCGGAUCCAGGGCCGCGCGGUGCUCCCUAUACGCUGGAUGUCGUGGGAGAGCAUCCUGCUGGGCAAAUUCACUACAGCAAGUGAUGUGUGGGCCUUUGGGGUGACUCUGUGGGAGACGUUCACCUUUUGCCAGGAGCAGCCUUAUUCCCAGCUGUCAGAUGAACAGGUUAUUGAGAAUACUGGAGAGUUUUUCCGAGACCAGGGGAGGCAGACUUACCUCCCUCAACCAGAUAUUUGCCCUGACUCUGUGUAUAAGUUGAUGCUUAGCUGCUGGAGGAGAGACACCAAGCAUCGCCCCUCCUUUCAAGAAAUUCACCUUCUGCUCCUUCAACACGGGGAUGAAUGAUGCUGUCAAUGCCUGCCAGCGUUCUGAGGGAUGAGGUCUUUCCGCAAGAUCUACCACUCACCUGCACCUAAGCCACUCUAUCUGGACAUGCAAUGGACCUGAGAGAUAGAGGCUUGUUCACUUAGCCUCUCUCUCGUCCCUUCUCCUACUACACUCCCCCCACUCCCUACCACUGACUCACAUGUACCUUUUUUAUAUAUGAAAGAAUGAAAAAAGGAAAAAAAGUAGCCUAGGACAGAUAAAAUCUAGUGAAGAAGUCUUACUCGAUAUACCAAGUGUUAAAUGACAAAGGCUAGAAAAUUCAGAUAAUUUAUAAAAGUGAUGAUUAUGUUUGUAACUGUGUGGAUUCUACGAGUAUUUUUCAAUGCAAACCUUUUAUAAAAUAUCUUCAGAAAGAAAAAAACUUGAAGAAUACUAAUGUCCUGAGAAACAUGAUAUUAGAUUUAGAGUGAAUACUUGGUCGCGAUGGUGAAUGUGAACUCUUGGUGUGCAGCAACUAAUCCCAAAAGGCUUUCUGGUUUGGCCUCUGGACAUGGCCCAUUGUCUGAUUUCCCUCUCCUAUCAAAGUGGAUGGCACAUUCUUGAAAAGCCCUAAAUUCUUGAAAUGAGUAUGUCCUUCAUUCAUACCUGGAUUGAAGACUUCAAAAGAAACAAUGAAUGAUAUGGGUAGGAAUGGUGCCUGCUGCAAACUGUAUGCAGGGCAAUUUGUCUUUUUAAGUACUUCCUGCAUGGAAGGACUCUUGAAUAUAUAUUAGUUAUAGGAAAGGAGGUCUAUGGAGGACAGGUGAUGGUAUUCACUUCAUUUGUGAAGGUCUUCUUGCUUGUCUUGUUCAGAUGUUUUUAUGUGCAUGUUGUUAUGACAGCCUUAUUUUUUAAAAAAGUCUGAUGUUUUGCUACCCUAAUGGUAGACUCUGGUUCAUCUUGAUUUCUCUUAAUGGGGCUGGAUUUCUCAGGCACAAAUACCUGAAGAUCCAUAAGCAUAGAUAGUAGUAGAUUUGUUCUGAGCAUCCCCUCCCCCCCAAAAAAAUAGGACCAAUAAAGGGAAAUAAACGAAUAAAAAGACCAAAAAGGAAAUUGGAGGGAGACUGAUUCCUACUCCUUAUUAAAGAAGACAUCACCAGAGUCAGGACUGGAUGGGCUGUUCCAGAGGUGGAGCUCUAUUGUCAUCGAAAAAACUUCAGGCUCAAGCUAAAAAACUCUGCAAGAAAGAUGGAGGUUUUCAAACAUCAGAUAGGUUAUGUAUGAGACUAUAUUUAAUGUGGUUUUAGCCUCAAGAGCCCUUAUAUCCAGAGAGGAACAGAAUGACCAAUCGUUGGUAGUGCUUAGUGUAUUUGAUCUUGCCAGCAAAGUGAUGUGAUUGGAAGAGAAAUGCCAGGCUUUGGUGGCAAAAUUCAUGGAAAACUGAUACACUCCCAAAUAGGAGUCUCCUUAGAGAAGAUUCUAAGUUUCCACAAUGGUAAGGGAAACGUUAAUUCCCAUUGAGGAAAACCAAGAAAAGAUUACAGAGUAAGUGUCCCAAGCUGAGGAGAAACAGUCUUCACCCUCAGGUCUGCUUCUGUUGCCCCCUGAGUCCAUCUUCCCCACAGUCUCUCAGAAAUAUGAAUGUUGGUCUGUUUAGCCUUGAGUAUCAUUCAAGGCUAUAACCCAAGCAUACAUCAUUUUCUGACCCUAGAAAAUGGCCUUUUGCCAUGGUUAUGCUAUGGUUUUGGGCUUUAUUCCUUCUUAAGAUUAACUUUGGAAAGAGCAUUGAUUUGAGAGAUAGGUAAACAUUAAUUUGAGAACUUUUAUUCCCUUUCUCCCUCAAACCUGCCAUGUUGGGCAGGUUUCUUUGUCUGACUUUUCCUUCAUCAUCUAUACAAUAAGGGAAUUGAAUUAGAUGGUCUUGAAGUCUCUUCUAGUUCUGAUAUGUUUAAUGGUUUGGAAAUAACUGGAUCUAUAAUUGUUGUGGAUGCAGUACACGUCCUGCUCUGAAAAUUGUGCUCAGUAAAAGAGAUUAUGAGGUGAGUCACUGUAUUAAAAGCAAUAGUAACACCUGCCCUAUUCUACACUGCUGCCAGGGAGCUUCCCCAUACAUUAUUUCAUUUGAUAUCUGCAAUGCCAGACAUAGUUUUUGUUUUAUAAAUAAGAUUUGCCAUACUCUGAUUUCUCAGUGUUAACUUUCCUAGAAGAAAUUGAAGUCAAGAACUGCAAACUACUCUAGAACAUGCCAUGACUUUAUGUAGUAGUAGUAGUAGUAGUAGUAAUAAUAAUAAUAAUAAUAAUAAUUAUAGCACCUCUUUUUUUGUUGUGUCACACUUUUCCACUUAGUACUUUUUAGGAGUCUACCCCAAUUCACUGUAUUCUAUGAUCUAUGUAUUUAAAAUGGAAUUUGAAUAUCUGAAUUUCUCUUGUGUCAUAAAAGCAAAUGCUUCCAGAUGGUUGCCAAAUACAUAUUUCCACAUACAGUUACUUAUUUUCUGAGUGAAAAAGGCUCUAUCUUUCAACACUAAGACCUCUAUUAGUCAUACGUUUAACUUCUAACCUACUUACAUCCGUACAUCCGUAGAGUUUAACAGUGCAAACCUGGUGACCCAAAGACUAAGUGGUAUGUAGAAUUUUAAGAUAAUUCAAACUUAGAUUACAAGAAUGAAGCUGAGGCUUGUUUGGAAAAGAAACUACGAAAAAAAUUGUGAGAAGCUAUAGGUCUUUAUAAUCCUUGAGUUUAGUUAUCUUCUUCUUGACAUAUACGAACCAUUAUGUUAAGUCUGUGAUUUUAGAUUGUGAGAUCUAAAUUUAUACUUUUGUUAGUUAAUGUGUUGAUCGCUGGGUCCAGAUCUUCACCUGCUUUCCAGACACCUGUAAUUCAGUUACAUGCAUGACUUGGAGUGAAAAGAAAUGCCCAAGGGGAACAUACCUUUCUAAAACUGUAGAAAGACCACUUGUGAGUGUUUAAGACAGUACAGUGAAGAGAGUUGUAUGCAAGUUCAAUUUUUUAAAGAAGUGUCUAUAUGAAUGUGCAUAGGAUUGGAUGGGGAGGAUGAGGGGCUGGUAAGAGGGUUCUAUGAGGAAGGGCAAGGAGAGGGCCGAAGAUUCAUGGAGGGGCAGUUAUGGAAGGGGCUGCUGAUUGCUGAUGGACUGUUGUCUGAAGCAUGAAAGAAAGUCUCUGAAAAGAGAGCUGAGAAAGAGUAGAAAAAUAUAAGAGAGUUGAAGAUUGAAGUGUGGAUCUUAAAAGAAUUCUGGGCUAGAGAGAUCAUAAAGGUAUUUGUUAAAAAUGGAAAGUCAGAUACCUUAUGGGAAAUGCAAGGGACGUUCUGUUGUUUCACAUUUUUAAGAAAGGGGAUGUCUUCUGUGGGUAUAAAAACAUAGAACCAUAUAACCUUUUAAUUUCAGAAAAAUUGGUUGAGGGAAGCAAUUGGAGCCCCUUUGUGCUAUAGACCAUUUUGGGUGCAUG